AUGAGCUGGUUUACGGGGGCGAAACAUGCCAUUGAUCUGACACGAAUGGCUGCCAAUGCUGGACGAGCAGGACAGUUAGUUAUUAAUGCCGCACAAGUUGCACGUCAAGCUCACGAUGCCGCGCAAAAAAAGGAACGUAAACGUAUAGACAAACCUCGUCGAGUGUAUGCCAAACGACACAAAAAAGGCAACGACAUCUAUGAGAUUGAAAUUCCCGAAGAAGACGAAGAGGAAGGAUCGAUUGCUGCCUUUAUCAGAUCUCAGGAAUAUACAUCGAUGUUUGAUGUUCACGCAUCUACAGCUAUGGCGAAGUUAAAUGAUCCCGGACGUGGCUUACAUCAUAUCCUUUUACGGCAUGGCGAUGAUUUUCAAGAACUUGGUCUGAAUGUGGAUGGCGAUGAUCCACAUGCUGAUCAAAUAGAACUACUCGAUUAUCUACGCAAGGUUUUCCGUCGAGCACGUUAUCUCGGUCAAGAAUAUGGCCAAAGUGGUCAACUGCGUUUCGCUUGGAGAGUACAAGAUACACAUGGUCGAGAUCGUAUUCUUUUGGUUGCUUAUAGCAGCCAAACGUACGAAGUUUCCGGUGUACCUCAAAUUACUCGACCGUUUCGCGAAAUUAUAACUGCUUUCCUUCUACCACGCAAUGAAACUGCCGUGUUCAAACGACCUGACAAUUUCGUUGACGAUAAUGGAAGAAAUCGUCCAGAAACAGGGGGAUUUCAUGGUACAAGUGGAUCAUGGUAG